AGGCCACGGAGUCACGGACACUGCGUCGUUUCAAAGCCACCUCCCACCCCAUUCUUUCCCUCCCUUUCUCCUUCUCCCGCCUCCCCAUCCAAAAUCCCCAAAUCCACCGCCGCCGAAGCCAUGCCUCCGCCCCACCGGAACCCCCUCCUCGUCCUCCCCUCCGUCCUCCUCCUCCUCAUUACCUCCGCCGCCGCCCUCUCCGUCUCCACCCCCGUCGAGCUCACAGUCACCUCGCACCCGCCGGCCUCCGUCCACCUCCCGCCCGCGCGAUCCAUCUCCGGUGCCGAUGGCGGCGCAGCCGGCGGGCCCUACUGCACGCGCGUCCUCCUCAGCGGCCGCCCCUCCCGCCUCCGGGACCCGUCGCGCUUCUUCCACGCGCUUCGCCUCCGCGCCAACGCCACCCGCCCCCACGGGCUCGAGCUCUGCUUCCACCGGAAUGCCACAGUGGGGCCGUGCAAGUGCGCGGCAUCUCAGUGGCAGAAGAUGCCCAAGAGCGGGCUCUGGGUGCAAGCCAUCUCACCGUACGAUCACCGGAUUCUGGAUUUCCGAAUGCCAGCUGACCCUUCAAGGUCCGUUGUUGUGUACACUGAGGAAGAGUUCUUGCUCCAUAGGGUGGUGUUCUUGGUGCUGGGAUUGGUGCUGAUGGUGGUGGCACAUACAUUGAGUGAGUCUGUGGUGUUCUACUAUGGUGGAGCGAUGACGAUCGGCAUUUUCCUUGUGAUACUGAUUAUACUCUUUCAGGGAAUGAAGCUUUUACCCACUGGCAGAAAGAGUUCGCUCGCUAUUUUUGCCUACUCUACAGUUGUUGGCAUGACGACAUAUUUUCUGCACUAUUUGUCGGGUCUGUUGCGCUCAGUCCUCGUGGAAAUUGGAAUUGCCGAAGACAUGCAUAAUCCUCUAGGAAUAUUCCUUCUCGUAUUGGUCGUCUUAGCUGGAGCCUGGUUUGGUUACUGGGGCGUCCGUAAACUUGUCCUGACGGAAGAUGGAUCUGUUGACGAGGGUGUGGCUUAUUUUGUUGAGUGGGCUAUCUUGAUUGUUUCAGCUGUUAUGAUCCUUCAGAGUUCUCUGGACUAUCUCUUUGCCUUUGCAGCUUUGGUCUUUUGUGUUGUCAUCAAAGGAAUUGCAAGAAUUGAGGGAAAGUCAAGAUUUUUACGCUUUUUUUCACGAUAUACACGACCCAUCAGUUGGGGUUCAACCUGCUCAUUGGAAGUGUUGAGGUUAAGGGGACUUUCUAGUGAAACUGCAAAGCAUUCCUCUCGUUAUGGAGAUUUAGGUGAAGAGUAUUCUACCAUGAAUGGGGCUUACCAAGAUGGAUUUAGCAAGCUCCAUGGUCACCUGAGACGUACACCAAGAAAAAACUCGCCUCUUGCAGGCUCGGGAAAGACAUUGUCACAAGGUGCUGCAAGGGACAACUACUAUUCGACCUACCAUACUACUCCAGAUAGGAAGAAAUUCUCAGACGAAGAAUACAAAGCAUUCACCAAAGAGGAGACAAACAAAGCCAUGAAACACUUGCUGUCCUCGCCGGAUUUCAACAGGUGGGCGUUGGCUAAUGCGGACAGGAUAUCUGUAACUCCACCGGGAGGCAGCUACAGCAGCAGCAGCAGCAGCCAGCAGCGGCAUCGUUUGUUUGGAUUGUUUUGAGCUAUGCAUGUAGUGUGCUUGCAGUAAUAGGAGGGAUUCCAUGUGUAACAAGGAUAGGAUAGCAGCUGAGUGCUGCCACGUUUUGAAGUGGCAGCAAAUCUGUAGAAUAUUGUGUAGUUUGGUGAUCGGUCACUACUUAGCUCCAGACGGCUCGUGUAUCAUGUAUUCAUGUAACAUUUAGCGCCACGGUGAGUGAAUAUCAACUUGCCUUGAGUUGUACAUCUGCACUUGAUCAUCAGUAUGGAUACUAGUAUAGGAUGAAAAAUUUUCGAGUCUUUCUAUGCUUGCUCAGGGCACCA